CAAUAAAAUAAUUUAGAGUAAUAGAUUUGGAAGGUAAUCUUGUUGCUAAGGAAUAUAAUAAUAUUCCAAAAGAGACAUUAAAUUAAAUAUUUGAUUUAAUGAUAAGUGUAAGAAUGUUAGUUUAAUGAUUGUUAGAUAGAAGAGAUGGAUAAUCUUCUUUAUAUGUCUUAGAGAUAAGGGAAAAUAUCAUUUUAUAUGACAUCUUUUGGUGAGACAGCAACAACAGUAGGGACAACAGCUGCAUUAUAAUCUUAAGAUUUUAUAUUUCCAUAAUAUAGAGAAUAAGGUAGUUUUAUGUGGAGAGGAUUUACAAUUGAAUAAAUAGUGAAUUAAUGUAUAGGAAAUCAUUUAGAUGGUGGAAAAGGUAGAUAAAUGCCAGUUCAUUAUGGAAGCAAAGAUUUAAAUAUAGUGACAGUAUCAUCACCUUUAAGUAAUAUAAUAUUAAAUGAAAUAUUAUAGCUACUUAAGUACCAUAAGCAAGUGGUGCAGGAUAUGGAUUUAGAGUAAAUGGUGAAAAUAAGAUAGCAGCUACUUGGUUUGGUGAAGGAGCAGCUUCUGAAGGAGAUUUUCAUUCUGCAAUGAAUUUUGCAUAAACUUUAAAAUGCUAAACUCUAUUUUUAUGCAGAAAUAAUCAUUAUGCUAUUAGUACUCCUACAGAUGAUCAAUUUAGAGGUGAUACUAUUGCUGGAAAAGCUCCUGCUUAUGGAAUGAGAACAUUAAAAAUUGAUGGUAAUGAUUUAUUAGCUGUUUAUAAUGGAGUCAAAUAUGCAAGAGAAUAAAUUAUUAAAAAUAAAGAACCAUUCUUUAUUGAAUUUAUUACUUAUAGAGUAUAUUUUAAUUGUAUCAAUAGAUUGGAGAUCAUUCAACAUCUGAUCAUUCUGUUUUAUAUAGAUCUUAAGAAGAAAUUGAUUCUUGGAAAUCUGGAAAUAAUCCAAUCAAUAGAUUAGGUUUAUUCUUAAAAAAAUAAGGACUUAGAUAAUUUAAUGAUGAGCAUGAUAAUCAAAUUAGAAAAGAUGUUAGAAAUAGAGUUAUUGCUGCAUUAAAAAAUGGAUCAGAAUGUAUUUCAUUAUUCAUUACAUAGAAUAAUAACCAUCCAUUCAAGAUAUGUUCACUGAUGUUUAUGAUGAAGUAUUACCACAUCUAUCAGAAUAAUAUACUUAAUUAAGAGAUCAUUUAACUAAAUAUAAAGAUUAAUAUCCAAUCAAUAAAUUCAAAGGUGGAUUAUGAAUAUUUACAUAUAUUAUACAUAAUAAAUAAGUUUACAAG